GCGCUGUCGAGUACACGUCGACGAGACCCAAACUAAAAUAGUUACCGUGCCAUAGAGACCGCCGCUGCGAGACAAUUACUUCAACUUGUUCAAAUCAUGGCGUUGACGAAAAAUACAACUUUUAUUUAAAUGAGUGCCGCUGUCGUCAUGGAGGGUUUCCUUCAUCAUAUGGCGCCGCAGUUCCUGCAUCCUGCACUGCAGAGCUUCGGCUGCGGUGCCUUCAGACCAAUAGGUGGUGCCUUCCACCCGCUUUACCCAGGGAAAGCGUUUGCAAGGCAUUUAGGAGAACAAUACGCACUUGGUCAAAGCGUCGGUCAAGCUCUUCGGUAUGGCGGUUGGUUACGCCUUGCACAGAGCGUCCGUGAUGACAGCAGCACACCACCGUUGUAUCGGCACGGGUACGCGGCGAGGGAUGACACCAGCUCUCCAGGCUCCGCCGCCUCAGCAUCCCCCAGACCUUGUAAAGACGACGAGCCACCAACGACAACGCCCUGCACUGACUCGCAUGACUUCUUCUCGCCGGACGGUGAACGUAAGUCUGCGUGCGGCGUGUGCGGAGCACGGCUGGGCCCGGGAGUGGCGCAGGCGCAUUUCCUGCAGGAGCUCCAACACCUGUACAGUUUAAGCGCGCUGCCGAGGGAUGCGGCAGCGCCGUCUACUCACUCCCUUCAUCAUCAAGACGAAGAUGCUCGGUGGGAAACAUAUCAACGGAUCCGGGCGAAUCGCCAGCGCCGGCUGAAGCUCCGCACGCGCAAACGCCACCAUACAGUGGAGAGCAUGCUGGGUUACGACCUGGAGGAGGACCGGCGGGAGGAGCGGCCGCGGGAGUCCCGCUCUUAUGACGCUGAGGACGAACCGGUCGAUGUGGAGGGCGACUCGAUCGGCUGGCCCGAUACCGCCAUCAAUGUAGACGACAAAGAUCAACGAAAUGACGGCGAGAAGCUACACUUAAGCUACGCUGAGGACCUUGAGAUAUCCAGUACGAACGACGCUAUGCAGUCACCUGAACGCGUGAGGAUGGAAACUCCUAAACCGUUGUCAUUGGAAUGUGCAACGAAGUCUGGUGAGGGUACGGAGCGACCGGCGGAGGUGUCCACUACGGAGUCAUGGGCCGCGGCCCCCUCUCACCCCUCGCACGCCACACACCCCCCACCGACUGCACAGGACGCAUGGCCCACCCUCGCCGCGGAAGCGUACAUACAUGCCGCUCGACAUAAGAUAGAAGGCGAGAACCUACCCUCAUCCACCGACUCUCGUAACUGAAUUCGACAUAGCCAU